AUGGUGAAUAUUUGCUACCUGUGCAACAAGGGUGAAAUCAUCCCCGACAAGAAGCUGUCAGGUCGUUUUUGCACUGGCUGCGGGGAGUGUUUUGACAUUGGCGCGUUUACCGAUGAAAUUCAGUACCGAGAGGAUGACCGGGGACGGUACACUGCCGUCGGUAAUACCUACAACGUCGAUAAGGGCUUCGUUAACAGUAAGUUUGCGAACCACGCCCAGCUGAUGAGCUCGGUGGAGAAUGCCCGUUCAAUACUCAAACGAUACUGCGACAAGCUGUACAUCAGCGAAGCCUUUUCAAAGCGGGCCAGUGAGUUCUACAAACAGCUGCUCAUUAAGAAGUUCAUGAACGGGCGUCGACUGAACGUGGUGCUCGCCGCCUGUCUCUACAUUACCGUGCGAUCAGAGGGCGCCAAUGUCAUCAUUCUGGACAUCAGCGACGUUUCCGAGGCAAACGUUUACGAAAUCGGCCGUUACUACUUUCAAAUUGUCAAACUACUUCACGUCAACAUUCAAACGGUCGACCCAAGCGAAUAUACGAUGCGAUUCGUUGAUAUGCUUCGAAUUGGUAACCGAGACCUGCCUCAAGUCAAGCGAACUGCCAUUGUCAUUCGAGACACUGCAAACAGACUGGUGCAACGCAUGAAACGGGACUGGAUCCACUAUGGUCGCCGACCAUCGGGAGUGUGCGCCGCGGCGGUGCUCGUCGCCUGUCGCAUCAACAACGUCAGCUGCACCAUCAAGGACAUCAUCUCCAUUGCGAAGGUGUGCGAGUCGACCAUUCGCAAGCGCAUCAACGAGUUCGCCCUGACGCCCUCUGGAAAGCUUACCCAUAAGGAGUUUAUGGACAAGGAGCUGGAGGAGGAGGCAGAUCCACCCUCGUACAAGACGAACGACUCCACCAUCAGCAGCUCACUGGAAAAGAACCUAGAAAAGGCCGAAAAGUUUCAGCAGUACAUUGAAGAUAAGCUGAAGGACUCUCGACCUAAGCUGAAUGGCGCGUAUGCAAAGUUUCUGAAGGAAGUCCUUUCUACUGAACCGGACGGUGCUGGUGUUAAGGGGGUUGGUGAAUCUCUUGACGAUGAGAAGCAGCUUAUCAAUGAAGCUAUCUUGGACCAAAGUAUCUUUGCGUUCGAUAAGAGUGUCGAAGACAGCAGAGAGCAACCAAGUGAAUUAGAUUUAUUACGACAAUUUUCCAACGAUACGGGCAACCCCUCUACCGAGGAGAUUGAAUUUUGGGCCAAGGCACGUCCGUCAGCGGAAAGCUUAGGUAUCUGCUUCAUUUUUUUGACANCGGGCAACCCCUCUACCGAGGAGAUUGAAUUUUGGGCCAAGGCACGUCCGUCAGCGGAAAGCUUAGGUCUCUUGAAAAAAGAAUAUCCCGAUGAUAAUGACGCUGACAAAACAAAUUACGAUGACCUGUUGAGUGAAGAGGUGAAUGAAGCUGAUCUUGGCUUUGAAGAAGGACAGCUGUAUGUCAUUAGCAAUGAAGCCGAGUCAAGCCAUCGACAGUUUGAGUGGAACUUGGUCAACAAGGACUACCUCAAGCAGGUGGAGGAGGAGAACCUGAAGCGUGCAAAUGAAGAUCCAAAUGCUCCAAACAAAAGAAAAAAGAAGCGCCGACGAGCUGCAGAAGCCCAGGUGGAGGCCUCCACUACCAGCGAAGCUGUUGAGGCUGCCUUCAAAGUCAAGAACAUCAACAUUGACGGCGUCAACUUGAAGGAACUUUUCAAUGAGGAGGAAACCGAUGUGAAAUAG